GUAUCGAUUUCUAGACCACACAAACAAGCAAUAGGUUGACUGACAGCUGGCCUUGUGCGGUUUAAGUUUGCUGGCAGGUUGCGUAAUUUGUUUGUGUGCAAGCUUGUCAGUCUUGGCAGAGGAACUUUUAAAAAAAAAUCAGCUGUCGGCGCCGCUGUGAAUAUCAUUUUAUAUGUUCAACACAUUUGAUCAGUCCACUCUGGUACCGUUUUAAUGUCAACAAUAUAUGACAUGUGAUCAAGUGGACACUUUUUUUACUGUAACGCAUAGAUCGAGUGGCUGCUUCAUGCUCACACUCAUGAAUUUGGUGGCUUUGGAGAAAUAAGUGUGUCGCUGUAGAGUUAUGAAUUAAAGUAGCCGACUGAAGCUGUUGUGAGACAGUGCUGUAAUCAGGGAGAGACGAGCAAAAGGAGAGAGAGAGGGUCUCUCAGAGGGUCCCAUUGUGUCUUGAGGUGAGGUGAGCUGCCCCCCACUACUUGCCAAUGCUGGAUCUGGAGGUGGUGCCUGAGAGAUCACUAGGAAAUGAACAAUGGGAAUUCGCCUUAGGGAUGCCAUUGGCCCAGGCCAUCUCUAUUCUGCAAAAACACUGCCGUAUCAUCAAAAAUGUCCAGGUGCUAUACAGUGAACAGACACCACUCAGCCAUGACCUCAUACUGAACUUGACUCAGGAUGGGAUUAAACUGCUGUUUGAUGCCACAAAUCAGAGACUCAAGGUGAUUGAAGUGUAUGACCUGAGCAAAGUCAAGUUGAAAUACUGUGGAGUCCAUUUCAACUCUCAGGCCAUUGCCCCCACAAUAGAGCAAAUAGACCAGUCAUUUGGAGCUACGCACCCUGGAGUGUACAAUGCAGCAGAGCAGUUGUUCCAUCUCAACUUUCGAGGACUGUCCUUCUCCUUCCAACUGGACUCAUGGAACGAAGCCCCGAAGUACGAGAUUCCACAUGGGGCCAUGGUCAAGAGGAUGCACAUCUACACUGGCAACAACCUGCAAGAAACAAGAGCCCCGGUGAUGCCACUGGCUUGUUUCCUUGGCAACAUCUACGCAGAGUGCGUGGAUGUCCUCAGAGAUCGUGCAGGGCCUCUGGGGCUCAAACUGCGCCUCCUCACUGCUGGUUGUGGUCCCGGUGUGAUGACUGACGCUAAAGUGAGAUCCCUGGAGAGGAGCAUCUACUUUGGAGAUUCCUGUCAGGAUGUACUGGGUGCUCUGGGCUCGCCACAUAAAGUCUUCUACAAGUCUGAGGACAAGAUGAAGAUCCACUCUCCAUCACCACACAAGCAGGUUCCUUCAAAAUGUAACGACUACUUCUUCAACUACUUCACCCUCGGAGUGGAUAUCCUGUUUGACUCGACAACUCACCUGGUUAAGAAGUUUGUCCUCCAUACCAACUUCCCUGGACAUUACAACUUCAAUAUAUAUCAUCGAUGCGACUUUAAGAUUCCACUAGUCAUCAAAAAAGAUGGAGCUGAUUCCCAGACAGAGGACGGCAUAUUAACCACCUACAGCAAGUGGGAUCAGAUUCAGGAACUGCUGGGUCACCCAAUGGAAAAACCUGUCGUGCUCCACAGGUCUUCGUCAGCCAAUAACACCAACCCCUUUGGCUCUACCUUCUGCUUUGGACUGCAGAGGAUGAUCUUUGAGGUGAUGCAGAAUAACCACAUAGCAUCAGUGACCCUCUACGGUGCUCCACGGACCACCAGUCAAGUCCGACCUGAGUCCAGUAGCAGUUCCCACUGAACAAGUAACCAGAACCACAUCCCAUUCUGGUCUGUUCCGAAUCUAGUACCUCUACUGACUGAACUUCUAACCCAGAGCCAGAUUCUUAACCAAGCAGACCUAACCCAGAGCAACAAAGUCAUUCUAGCCCAGCUCAGAUGCUACACAACAGACACCCAGGAUCAUUCAGAACAACCAAAUUCGACUUUGCAUUAUUCAACUUUUUUCCCUGGUGGGUUCCAUGAAUUACUCUUCUAACCAGACCAGACAUACCGGGUCUGCCAGCAACCCAACUUUGACUAUCGCAGCAGUUCUGCAAACUUGACCCAGUGAAAGAAAUGUGCAUUCUAGUCGAGCUGAACCGUUUCCUGUUUCCAUUCAGCGACAGCAUCCGCCCAGGACCACAGAUGAAGAGUUUGGCCAGACUAGUUUGGAUGUCAUUUUCCACCAUUAAGAUGUAAUGGCAGACUGUAUGUGACAACACCCUUCACAACGUCGUGGUGAUGAAACGCAUAAGCAGGAAAAUCUCAAAAAGUUAAUACAGCCGUCACCGAAAACUGCUGCGGCCAAAGUCUUUGAGACAAGGGCUGGCUCGAACCCGCCGAACACACAUCCACCGACAGCACUUCCAGCCCAGCUAGUACCGCCUGUCUUCCUGCCACACAUUCAGAAUUAGACUGAACUGGCUCAGUCAAAAAAAAAAAACAAGAAAAAAACCCGGGACACAUCCAAAACUGCAAGAACCAAAACCAGCCCAACGAGGAGAGCCGCCGGAGCCAAACACAUUGGAAGCUGCAGAGGUAACCAAAACCAGAAAAAAACAAAACAAAACACCAGAAUCCAGAUUUUUGUUCGGACUUACGAAGAACCAAACACACUCAGGGGUUUGGAGACAGACGUGGCCCAGGAUGUAACCCCCUCUCCCAACCCGCUCCCCCACUCCUGCUCACUGGCCGGGCCAGUCCAACCAGAUGUGAAGCCUCUUAAAAGCAGCACGAUCCAAACAUCCAACAUCACCUCCCUCAUCCACCUUCACACACACACACACACCCUUCUUCCAACUGUCUCCAGCGGCGCCCACUAACACACACACACACACACACACACACACACACACACACUCUAUUAACAGACAUUGGCAUGUCUGGCUUCUUGCUUACACACACACACACACACACACAACACAUAUACAUUCACAUAAACAAGCAUCUGCAUGCGUUUGGCUGCUGAUUUUUAUUUUUUUUUAAUUGACAUUUCAACAGACUGUAACUUCAAGCACACCGCAUUUCAAUCUGCUCUCUAACUACAGUGUGUUUUCUCAUGUAUUUCUAAUACAUGUCAACCGGCUCCAUCUAUUUAGGCCUUUUUUUAAGCGAACACGAACACGGAGACAUGCAGGCAUGCACGCAGACGCAGAGGAUUUGCAUGAACUAUGACAGACGCAUCUGAAUGAGAGGAAACUUAUUAAAAAGCACAAACUGGCGACCUGUUUUUGUUUAGUGGCUAGUACGGUCCUGCAUGUUGUCAGGGGCACACAGUUUUUCUUCAAUUUUUUUCUCUGCCCUGUUUUAGUCAUUCACACCAUUUUCAUGUUGUUUUUUUUUUUUUAAAUCAAUGUUUACAUUUGCACUAAUACACACCCUUUUACUUGAUUGGUUUAUCGUGCCCUAUCUUCAAGAGAUGGAUCAAAUUCGGAGAGAUAGCGGUGUGUGUGUGUGUGUGUGUGUGUAUGCGCGCGUGUGUGAAUAUGUGUUUUAUCCAUAUGUUAGGACAGAGAAGAGGUCGUAUGCAGUCAUGCCUUCCGUGUUGCACUCUUCUCCCCCUUUCCUCUGCGCUUUUCACCUCCGACCCAUCCCUCAGUGAUGUCUGCGUUUUAUUUGUUGUCGAAUUGCCAAAUGCUAUAGCCAAAGACGUUUCAGGAUGAUUUUUUUCCCCGUUGUAUCUGCUGACAUUAUCACUGUAAUCUCUCUCGUCCGAACGUGUCCUGUGGAGAGUUGCACGUCCUCGUCUUUCCCGUUGCAUCGUUUUGUUUUCUAACCUGCACAUCGGAGUCAUUGCUGUGGUAAAGUCUCUAAAUUCAGCUCUUGGAUUUCCGUAAUUACACAAGACAGAAACAGCUGACUCGUGUAAAUGUUCUAAAAGCAGUCAGCCAUCUUUGAUCUGGAUUUGGUUACAACUGGAGACGCAUUAACAAUACUAACAAGUAGCGUCUAAUUGUACAGUGGUUAUAGUUGUCAGAGAGCUGUCAUUUAAAGAAUUACCAUUAUUUCUUUGUUAAUUCAGCACAUUUGAACCCAUUUUUGGAAAUGGGGAAGACCAUCAGUCAUUCCUGCAUCGUAGCAUGUGACUGCAGUUUGCAUCUCUCCCUCCCAAUAUAUGAAUUUCAAUUUUUUUUUUUUCAUAACAAGUCAUUCAAUAAAUGGUGUAUUAAGUGUAAUACACAGUUGCAUUUUAUUUUCCGUUGAUAAAAUGCCAUUUGUUUUGUAUUUUUCUCAUUAUUGCUGAGUAUAUGAUGUGUAUGAAAGCAUGUGAAGGCUUCAGGGGUGAAGUCAGGGCCUGUAUACAUGAUGACAUAAUGUUUCGAGUGUUUGUGAAGCAGAGACAGAUUUGUCUUUGUUCAAAUUUUAAAAGCAUGAAAUGAGUUUGGCUGCUUGCAGAUGGGUUUGCAAAAGAUACAGAGUUUCAUAAAACGGGUACGAUGUUUUGUCACGAGAGCAGUUUCGUAUUUUACUGACUUUUACUUUUUUUUUAGAUCUCAUUAAUAGGAAGGGGAAGGGUGUCAAGCUCAAUGUUUCUGAUAAAUUCUUAAUCAAGAGGACAAAUCUGUUACAUUUCAUUGAUGAUAAACAUCAUUCAUGGUACCUUUUUAAGUCAAAAGGUUAACUGGAUUGUUAAAUAAUUCAGAUGUUCUUUUGUUUCUUACCAGACAGUUUUACCACAAGAAGGCCAAGUUCUAAUUAUCUCUCAGAACAUUCAAGCUGUUAGUACUUUCUGUUUUUCUUCUUUUUUUUUUCCUUAUACGGGCCCUGAUGCUUAUGGAGUUUAUGUCGAUGCAGAAAAUGCUGUAAAUAGUUGUGUGCUCUUAUUCUGCUGUCUUCUUUAUUUUCAUGAUCUAACGGCUUGGCAACAGACAGAAACUGACUCGGAGUAUCUUUAAUUAUUUCCUCCUUGAUUCUGAUUCGAUUGAAAACUCAGGAGGAAGCAUCUGCUCACAGCUGACUCAUUAACAAUCACUGGAAGUUUUUUUUUUCUUUUUUCUUUUUAUUAAAUUUUAUUCCAGACCACUCAGUAUUGAAACUUUUUUUUUUCCAUGUGCCAUGCUAAAGCUGCAAGUAGACAGAUGUGUUUGGUAUCAGCAGACGGCCCUGCUUUCAGCUCUGCUUAAACCCUAGCUGCAGGGCGUUCACAUUUGACCCCACAGAACAGCAUUGAACACAACACAGGCAGGGAAAAACAAUCAUCCUUCUCCACAUUUUGGACUGGAAAGAGAGCUCUGGUAGAGAUGUUUUUGUAGAGUGGACAGAAUCUGAUUUGGAGUCUAGCUUUGGCAUGAUGCUAGAUUUUUUUUUUCUUGUUUACACUAGUAAAAAUAUCUCUUUGGUUGCAGCUUUCUUAUAGCCCGACUCCGAAGUGAUGUAAUGUGGUUUCUGAAACCUGGAGAUGGAUAUUCCACUGCUUGGUUUGUUAAACGUGGGACCCUGAAAGCUAGAACGGGGUUUCAGGAUUAAAGUCCAAUAAAUAAAAGCUAUUUUCUCAUUGGGUUUCCAGGUUUAAAACAUUUAAGAACAACGGCUGUCCAGCACCGUGUUCCCUACUCCUGUUCUGGUUUAUCCACAUCUUGGGUGAAAUAGAGCAAUGGAUGUAUUAUAAUUGUCAUGAAAAUUAUAUUCAAACAUUUUACUUUACAUUUUACAACUUGCUUUUGUGCAAGUGAAUAUGAAAAGAAAAGAAAAGAAAAAAAAAAAAACACAAAACUGUUGAACAUUGUGCCUCAUCUCCCACCGAGCCUGUCUUUGACUUCUGUCUCUCUCUCCUCUGUAAAAAGGAAUCGCCUUGUACAUACAAUUUGAGAAUGCAUUGGAACUGCAUCAUUGUACAGUAUGUAUGUGUGCGUGUCACUGAGCAUAGCAACAAGCUAACAUGGUAUUACGGCUGUCUCAGUCAUUGACAUUCUCCUGCAGAAAGGCAGGUUGGGUUGGGUUUCCCAAAAUUUCAUGUUUUGUACUUUGUUUUAUGUGUUGUGUGUGUGUGUGUGUGUGUGUGUGUGUGUGUAUGUGUGUGUGCGUGUCUAUGACGACACCAAACACCUACAACAAUGUGCAAAUGUUCACAACUCUUAAAAGCUUGUUAUGGUUGUCUUUGAGCUGAUCACUUACUGUAGAAUAGAUGAUGUUCACAGAAGGAUUCCACCAAAAUGAAUUCAACCUAGUUGUGGAGAUACUCUCAGAAAAACCUAGAAUGAACGCUGACAGAGAAUUUUAAUUAAAACCUUUUGACUCUCUGGACUCUCUACUGAAUUUGAAUAAAUUGGUCAUUGCCCAAAAAGAUCUCUAACUUGAGCUUUGUUCCAUUAGAAGCAGAUGGGGCAUAGAUCAUAUGGAAAAAAACAGAAAAAGUAGAGCCAGCAGUAAAUGAAGCAAAUAAACAAGCUUCUUUGGGUUAAUGUAUGGACAUUUUCAAUUAUUUUGGGCAAGAAAUGAAAGUUUCUUCUCUUUUUCUGACAGAUUUGACUAAAUUAAAUCAUAACACCACAAGACACAUCAGGUUGAAUCAAACCUAACUUCAAUCAAAUGUAUAUCCAGUCAAGAACUGGUCUUCUAUAUAUGAACCCUUCAACCCUGUUCAAAGUGGUUGUAGUGGUUACAGAUUGGUAAACCCAGCCCAGUGUCAUAGACAGUCAGUGCUGUUUUGACCCAUUGUUACUGAGAGAGUGCAGUGAGUAGCUAAGGGGUGGGUGAUGGGUAAUCUCACCCAAACUCAGGUGGACAUAUCAUAUCCUUGUUUUUCCAGCAUUUUGAAGAUGGAAAAACAAGUGAAAAAUGUAAUCCGGAGAUCUGUGUGGCUUUUAAAUUUCACCAGUUUUCUUUUGUUUUGUUUUUUGUUUUUCAUUUAAUGGAGGAAUGAAUGAUUGUCAUAAUCAGAUUGUUGUAAUUUAUAAUGGACAGCUUCAGUUCAGUGUAAUGAUACUCUCAUAUUAACGCUUUGUAUUGUCUGUUCUGUUGCCCAUCUCCUUUACUUCCCUCCAAUUAUUUUAUUUUUUUUGUGGACUUACAGUACAUUUUAAGCCCAUUUCUGGAAAUGGGGCAGUUAUACUUAAUUAAAACUUGUGAAAUUCAUUGGAAUGUGGCGUUUUAUAUUUUGAAUACUAUAACUUUGUGUAUGAAGAAAAUAAGUAGAUUUAUUCAGCAUGUCCACUGAAAAAGGCAAUAACAAAAUCAUAGUGCAAAGAGAAAGUGUUAGGUUGACUGAAAGCUUCAGAUGAGCCGCCACUGUGCAAUCUCAAAGAACUCUGAUGCAACGUUUGGAUUUUUCUGAAAUCAAAUGCUCACUGUUCAUUGACAUCAAAGAUCAUUUUCUGUGUGUGCAACCAGGAUAUAUAAAAAAAAAUAAAAAAUAAAAAUGUGGAUGUGAAAAAGGUUGGGAGGUUUUUAUUUUCAUUUUUUUUAAGUUGACAGAACCAAAGUUAGACAAAACUUUAACGUCAGUCCUGAACUAAAUCUCAGCAUCUGUUUUGUAUCUCAGCCUUCAUUUUCCUUCUAAUAAAUUAUAUGACUUUAUAUCAGUU